AUGUUGACAUCGCAACUCGCCAUCUGGCUCUCGGCGCUACUCGUUCUCGCAGCACCAUCCACGCUCGCGCAAUCAACACCAUCCCCCGCCGACCUCGCAGCACAAUACUCUGCCUCGCUAGCAUCCGACACAAUGCAGGCGCAAGGCCAGGCGACUCCACCCUUGCCCGCCUCUUCCUCCUUCUGGGACAACCUCGGCAGGCACUGGACCGAGGCAGACAGCACAAAGCAGACCCUCAUGGCCAUCUUCCUCAUCUGCCAGCUCAUCGGUCUCUUUUGGUUCAUCAAGGGCUCGCUCGACAAGAUCUUCGGACGUCGCGCAGAGUAUCGUAACCAGCGAACAAAGCGCUUCGCACGCAGAGCCGCAGUCGCUGCCGCAGGAGGUCUCUCCAAGUCCGGCAUCCCCCUCUCCCACCAGCGUCCGCUCUAUCGCCCCGACAACAAGCCGCAGCUCCCGCCAAGGCCGUCUCAAGACCAUCCCCUGCUCCGUGCUUCUUCCUCCUCUUCCUCCUCCUCCUCCAACACUCCUGCGCAGGCUCAAUUUCAAACCACACCCGCAGGCGACAUCGUGCUGCCCUCUUGGACCGACGCAGGGCCCACGCCGCUCAGAGUGAUUGUCGAAGAGCCAGAGUACGAACUCUCCCCCAUCAACUCGCCCGCAACGUCGCGCCCGCAUUCGCCCGCCUACCCUCAGCACCCCGCACCCUCGCCCGACUCGCCCAAUUACUCGUGGGCGUUCCGAUCCGCACCAACCCGCGACAAUGCCUCGCUCAGACUACGAGAGCGGGGCGAUUACGCCGCAUUCCCCUCGCCCAUCGAUCGCUCCUCCACUCCAGACACUCGGCUCGAAGACGUCAAGCGUCCGUUCAACCGCCCCGUCUACGCUGCUGAGCCUUUCUCAGCUCAGCCCAGCUCGAAUCCUUCCGACUUCCCGAUGCAUUCGCCCUCUUCCUCCUUCUCGCCAGCUUGA